GAGGCAGAGAAACCCAUGAAGAGAGUUUCGUCUUUGCAACGCCUAACAGAGAGUGAAGCUUCAUCUGGCUGCAAUAAGGAUGGCAACAAUGGGGCAUCUUUCUACUCCAGUGUUGUGGCUCCUUCUCCUCUCCAUUCAGGUUUCCCUGGGGGAUGAUGAGUUGAGGCUGACAAAUGGAACUGGCCCCUGCUCUGGGAGAGUGGAAAUAAAACAUGAAGAGCAGUGGGGAACUGUGUGUGAUGGUGACUGGAACAUAGAAGAUGCUGAGGUUGUUUGUAAGCAAGUAGGAUGUGGAUCUGCUGUUCAGGCCCUUAAUCGAGCUCCUUUUGGAGAGGGAUCUGGAAAAACGUGGUUGUAUCGAGUUGACUGCCGUGGUGAUGAAUCUGCUCUCUGGAACUGCUCACAUACAGGAUGGGGUGCCUUUCUCUGCCCUCAUUAUUUUGAUGUUGGAGUGAUAUGCUCAGGUUUCUCUAGACUGCAUCUGGCUGGAGGGGACACUGCCUGCUCAGGACACCUGAAAGUAAAGCAAGCAGAAACUUGGGCUACAGUCUGUUAUUCACAUAUUGAUUUCAAUGCUGCCUCUGUUAUAUGUAAUGAGCUAAAGUGUGGCCAGGCUGUGGAUAUCUUGAGAGGAUUUCACUUUGGAAACAGGCAUGAGUUGAUCUGGCAAGAAGAGUUCCACUGUGUGGGGAAUGAGACUCACCUUGCACACUGUCCCAGAAUGUUGGACCGUAGCAAGGCAUGCUCUCAUGAUGCCCAUGUUCUAUGUUCAGGCUAUGGUGGAUACAGGCUGGCAAAUGGCAGUACCACAUGUUCAGGGAGAGUAGAGCUUCUUCAUGGAGGCUUGUGGGGAACAUUCUGUGACUACCUGUGGAAUUUCCCAGCUGCCAAUGCCCUCUGCCAGCAUCUGGACUGUGGAAUUGCCCUAUCAAUACCGGCUGGACAGUCCUUUGGAAAAGGAAAUGGGUCGGUAUGGAAUGGCACAUUAAGCUGCAAUAAGGAAGGCUCACACUUGAGAGAGUGUCCUGUGAAUGUGCUAAGUCAGAAUGAAUGCCCUGCUGGAAAUGAUGCUCGUGUGGUGUGUUCAGGGUGUCCAGGGAGCAGAUUAGUGAAUGGCACCACAUGUUCUGGCAGAGUGGAGAUCCGCCAUGGAGAUACAUGGGGAAGACUCUGCCGCUCCCACUGGAAUUUGCAAGAUGCUAGCGUUCUCUGUCGUCAGCUGAACUGUGGCUAUGCAAAGUCAGUCGAGACAGGAGACCUUUUUGUGGAUGGGAAUGGAUUUGUAUGGAGAGAUGUUUUUCACUGUGAAGGGACAGAGUCCUGCCUGUGGGACUGUGCUCAGGUGACUUUGGGCAAUCCAACCUGUUCAGCCAGAGAAACAGCCACUGUUGUUUGCUCAGGCCUUUCUGAUUCACUAAGACUCUCAGAUGGUGAGAGCCGCUGUGAUGGGCGAGUUGAGAUCUCUCUCCAUGGCAUGUGGGGCAGAGUCCUGGAUGAUGACUGGAACAUUAAGGAUGCUACUGUGGUGUGCAGACAACUCCAGUGUGGAAUAGCCAAGAAAGCCUAUUACCUUCCAAGGUCUGAGAGAGGCAUCGGUCUUGUGGGCUUAAGAAGUGUCCAGUGUGAUGGAAAUGAAACUCAACUGGUGCUCUGCAAGACCUCCCAUUCUCAGGCACUGCCAACAGGAGUUGCUGAAGAUGUUGGCGUGAUUUGCUCAGAGAGCAAGAAGAUCAGGCUGGUGAAUGGGACACAGCGCUGUGCUGGGAGAGUGGAGCUCUAUCACAAUGGCAUAUGGGGCACAAUCUGUGAUGAUAACUGGGAUCUAUCAGAUGCAAAUGUUGUUUGCAAACAGCUGGGAUGUGGCUAUGCCAUCAAGGCAUUUGUCUCUGCUCAUUAUGGUGAAGGCUCAGGACAGAUCUGGCUGGAUGAUGUGAACUGCACUGGGGCUGAAUCUGGUCUCUGGGCAUGUCCCUCCAGGGCAUGGGGUCAGCACAACUGCCAACAUAAGGAGGAUGCUGGAGUCCUGUGCUCAGAGUUCUUGGAUCUGAGGUUGGUGAAUGGCAAUGACUGUGCUGGACGGCUAGAAGUUUUCUACAAUGGAACAUGGGGUAGCAUUUGUUCCAAUCAUAUGUCUCAACUGACUGCAAUAACUGCAUGCAAACACCUGAACUGUGGAGAUGGUGGGGAAAUUGAAAAAGAUUUCAAAUACGGCAGAGGUUCUGGGCCCAUGUGGUUGGACCACAUUGAGUGCAAUGAGAAACACAGCUCUCUCUGGCAAUGUCAGUCAGACCCCUGGGAUCCUCAGUCAUGUGAUAACCGAGCAGAAGAGACCCAUAUUUCUUGUACUGGAAGAAAAGGGACAGCAACUCCAGCCACAUCUGCUGAGUGUCCAAAUUCUACAAGUUGCUCAGAUAGGGAGAAGUUACGUGUCGUAGGAGGAGAGGAUGUGUGCUCAGGAAGAGUGGAGAUUUGGAACCAGGGUUCUUGGGGAACGAUCUGUGAUGAUUCCUGGGAUAUAGCAGAUGCUAAUGUGGUAUGCAGGCAGCUGGGUUGUGGGUCUGCCGUGUCUGCUCUGAGUGAAGCUGCCUUUGGAGAAGGGACUGGUCCCAUCUGGUUGGAGAAGAUCCACUGUAAAGGAACAGAACUGUCUCUCUGGGACUGUCCUUCCAAGCCCUUGUUUGGCAAAAACUGUGAUCAUAAGGAGGACGCUGCUGUGGAUUGCUCAGGUGUGACAGAAACAACAGCAUCAUCCACUAGAGCAGGCUCCAGAGUAUCAUAUGACCCCUUCUCUGAGGCUGUCUAUGAGGACAUUGACUAUAAUCUGAUGAGAGAAAAGCAGGGGAUGACUCACCUCUCAGUUAAUACCAGUAUUGUUCCAGAGGUCCCACUACUGCCUGGAAAUGCCCUGGAAGACGGUUAUGAUGAUGUGACAGAAGCUCCUGGACCUAAAGAUGCUUCCUUUCCAGGGAAGAAUGAACAAGAAAUCAUUGGAGUUCUGGACAAAAGUGACAGAAACAGGUAUUCAUGGACAGAUGCGUCAAGAAACAGGACCUCUGAGACUCAAAGAGAUUCAUCCCCUGCUCUUGAAGACACAGUUUAUGACGACAUUGAAGAGACAGGACACUGAUCAAGAUCGCUGAGCAGUACUGAACACUUUUGGAAGUACUUCCCUCUUCAUAAAAUGCUAAUCAUGUACUAGCAGAACCAGAACAACCUGCAUUUAGAAUUAGUUUUCAUAAGUUCGGUUUAUUUGCAGAGAAGUGAUUGCAUAUUUAGAAGAAAUACAAGCAUUAGCUUGUUUAGACAGCUUUUCAAGUUUCUCUUAACUACCUGGGCACUUUUUUUUUUUUUUUUAAAUUUCUAAAUAGUUUCAUUGUUUCUUUUUCCUUAAAAAAAAAAAAAAAAAAAACUGAGGUAAUUUUUCAGCCAUGAUAUUUUCUUAUUAAAACUGUUUAAAGAUCUUUUCUCAAAUGUAUGUUUCUCCUCCCAGAUACACCUCAGUGUAUUAGGAAUUUUGAUUAUUAGGAAUUGAGACUGAACUGCGAGAAAAUCAUCAAAGCUGUGUUUAAUCUUUUGGAUAUUCUUAUUUGUCACAUAGAAUGUGUGAGCCAGAAGUAAUUUGCUAGGUAGCACUUAGUGAGAUAACAAACUAAGCGAGAGGUUAUUCUUGUCCUCACUUUAAAUGCAGGUCUGUCAUUUGAACUAUGUGCAAGUGAAUUACAAUUUAGACUGGGUGGAAAAACUCCUCUUAUCUCCCUCUAUACCAUGAUGAAUUAUUGUCUCGCAAAGUCAUAUCAAUUAUAUAGUAAUAGAAAGUUUAAUUUCUUUCCACAUAUGGCAAAUGGUGGUCAUAUCUAUAGGUUUCCAUCAUGUCAUUUAUUUUCAUCAUGUGAAGGCAGACUGCAAAAGUCCAAAAGUUGAUGGAGUAGAAGUACUGUUGUCUUGGCUCCUAAUGAAAUUUCUUGUAGGUUUUGAAAGAAAAAGCUUCCCUUGAAAUCUGCUAUCUGUAUUGGUGUACUGGUUUUGGCUGGAAUAGAGUUAGUUUUCAUCACAGUAGCAAACAUGGUGAGGUGUUUUGCAUUUGUGAUGAAAAACAGUAUUGAUAAUAAACUGAUGUUUUAGUUGCUGCUAAGCAGUGCUUACACAGUAUCAAGGUCUUUGCCUCUCAUGCUGCCCUGCCAGCAAGGAGGCUGGGAAUGCACAAGAAGCUGAGAGAGGACACAACCAGAACUGAUUCAAACUGACCAAAGGGACUUUCUAUACUGUAUGAUGUUAUGCUCAGCAAUAAAACUCAGGGGAAAGAAGGAAGAAGAGGGAAUGUUCAGAGUUAUGGUGUUUGUCUUUCCAAGUAACAAUUAUGUGUGAUGGGCCCUGCUUUCCUGGAAAUGACUGAACAUCUGCCCACCAAUGGCAAGUAGUGAAUAAAUUCCUUAUUUUGCUUUGCUUGCAUUCACAGCUUCUGCUUUACCUAUUAAACUGACCUUAUCUC